UGCAACUAACCCACGAGAGCGGUGCCUAAAGCUUUGGACAUAUUCGUUGAUGAUGAUGGUUGUUUUUAGCCAGACAUCUCAUAACCUAUAAAACAAAUUAAAAAAAAAUCAAUAUUAAAAAAAUCCAAGCAAAUAAUUGUAAAUACUAAAGAUAACACAAACAAUAAUUAAUAAAACAGCUCAAAAUUCACAUAAACAACUUUUUCGUAUAUUUACAUUUUCAAAUGACGUUAAGUUGGCGCACCUGUCUGCAACAACAAUAACCUAAAAAAAAGUGUGUUGUGAGUGUUUAACCACAUUUUUUAUUCGUCUUUUGGUCAUUUUUACGUGAAAAAUAUGGAAAACUAACUUUUCCAAAAUGUCGGAUGUGGUCGAGUUACUCUUUUUCGACACUUUUGCUCACGACAACACUGAGGAGUUAAACUUGGAUCUAGUGCAGUUUCCCAAACCCGUGUACGUCACUGAAGUCCGCAUCAUCCCUUUGGGGGCUAGGGUUCAAGCGGAUUUUCCCGGAGGCGUCCGGCUUGGGGCUACUAACCCCAGUCAGUUUCAAAUCGAAUUUUUUGUAAAUGAUUUGGGGAAGCCUGGCGCGAGUACAUUUGAGAGUUUAGGGGGGUUUGAGUAUAAUCAAAACGGUUGCAUCAAUUUGAAUUGUGUCCCAGAAGACACCGUCAGAAAAAUACCCACAGAUGGGUUGGUUUUAAGGGGGUGGUAUACAACAAUCACCCUAGCCGUUUAUGGUACUUUAACGAAUAAUAUUACUGAACAAAUUAUUCAACCGGUUGUUAAUCCGGCGCUACCAACGCAACCCAAUACCAUAGCAGACGCCCAGCAGAUAAUUUCGGGAAAUAAUAUUGAAAAUGAGUGGAGUCAAGAAAAUAUCACAAAUGUCCCAAUUGAGUAUAAUCAAAAUGCCGCCCCGUAUCAACAGGGCUAUAAUCAAUCUGAGAAUUACCCACAGGAAUAUAACGAGUAUUACAGCGACGUCCCUAAGGACCCUAGGAGUUACCAUCACCCACCUGAGGGAGACUGGGACACGAAGGUGAGACCCAGAAGUGGCGAAAAUGAACGAGAGAGGGAACGGGAUAGAGACAGAGAACGGACCAGGGAGGGGUAUCAGAAGACUGGUAGUACUGAGCGCGACCACAGCCGCAGCGAGACGGAAAGGCGAGACAGAGACCGUGACAAAACCUACCCUAGGUCUCGUAGCCGCGACAGAGAUAGACAGUCCCGAGACUACAGUCGUGACGUCAGUAGGGAACGGGAUUGGGAUCGGAACGAUCGGGAUUGGGAUCGUGACAGGGCCCGAGACCGAGACCGAUCGUAUAAACACGACGAGAGUUACCGAAGGGCGUACAAUAGGGAGGAGCGAGAGGAGCGGAAACGGCCGAGGACGCCGCCAAUCCAGUCACCGAAACGGCCACACACUCCACACGGGGAGCGAAAAGAACCGACUCCUCCCGAAGUUGACAGUUUUAGUGAAGAGGAGGAAAGACGGGAGAAGGAAUCCAAGGACGAAGCCACAGUUAAGAGUCCUGCCAAGGAGGUUAUAACCCCUCCUACUGAAGACACCGCUCAAAUGGAUGUCGAGGAAUUCGAGCCGAUUUUGAGUGACGAGGAGAUUGUUGACGAAGAAAUGGACUAUGAUUUCGGGGCGUACACAAAUAAUGACGAUUUAAUUAAGUUGUUUAUACCGGGAGUCACGAAUUUGCGCAAAUUUGAGAAGACACCUCCGUUUAGUUUUACGAAUGGGGGUUUAAAUGUUGAGGAGAAUUUGAAGACGACGAUUGGAAUAGUUGAUGAUUAUUUCAAGUCGAGUAUUACUAAAUACGUUUUGGAGGAUUUCACGAAACUUAACACUGAAAUCAAAGAGGAGUUUAUACAUUUGUGCGAAAAGCUCAUUAACACGUUUGGUUCAAUUGAGCAUUUUUGUGAAAUAAUCAAAAUUCAUGUUGCUAUAAAGUCACGUGACUUUCGCGAUGAUAAGGAAUUGYUCGAGCAAGUUAAUUCGAUUACUUGCACUCUUCUCGAUUGGUUGAAAAUCGCGCUGAGUUARGAAAUGGCGAAUAUUCAAGAUCAGCCGGUGUACAAAAUCCGCCACAUUAAAUGUGGAGUCAGACUUGCCGAAUGGUGUUGCAACAGCGGGGAAUUUAUUAAAAUUCUAUGGGAAUCAGGCUUCAAUAUUCAUGAAGUUCUUUUAAAUCUUUACGAUCAGGAAUAUAUGGCUUUAUCCAUCAAACUUAUGAUAAUUAAAGCACUGGAUACGUAUCUCUUGCACAAAUUUGCAAUUGAGAAGUUCCUUUUGGGUGAUGGUUCCAACGGUUGUCGGGAGAACGGCUUUCAUGACUCAUUAACCGUUUCUAAAAACAAUGGUUAUAAAACACUGGUGGAGAAACUACGCAAGAAUCCUUCAGUUCGUCUGAAAUUUGCCUUGAAUUCAACUCUGAAAAAAAUCAAUUUGUACGAAGUUUUUCAUAAGAUGCACUCGAUUCUCAUGGAAAUGCGUAAUUGCCCAUCCGAGAUCAGCCAAAGUGAUGUAACUUUGAUUACGAAAUGUUUGGAACAAAUUUUGAAUGCGUCACAGAAUGGACAGUUUGUUUUUUCACAACCGAAACGGUUUCUUCCUGUUGCGGCCCAGUUCGAAAUAAUUCGAACCGAAUCUAAGAACAUUCUAGUCGAAUAUUUCCGAAUGUUUGAUAUUAUUCAGUGUUUCUUCCUACUAUUGACGUGCCCCAAUACUUUGAAUUUACCGGCGAUUAAAACUCCGAUAUUUGAGAUAUUGUCUGAUCUGUUAAAAACCCCUGAAGGUUUGGAAUAUGUAGUUGAUAAUUAUCAGACUGUGCACGCCRUGCUUGGGUGUCUCUUGAGAACAGAUGAAGAUAUACAAUACCAGGAUUACAUCGAGAUUAAAUCUCAUAAUUUGGGUUUAGAGSCGGCGUACAAAACUGAAGUUAUUUAUUACGUGGAAAGUUUGAAAAGCCUUGASGGGAAAGAUUACGACUCGGUGGAAGUUGUCGACCAAUUACACGGCCUAUUCUGCUUGACUUUCACUCACAUCGGCCGGAUUUGCGUCGCAGAAGUGUUGGGAAUGAAGGAUAACAUAAAAUGUUUGUUACAGUUUCUGGAGGAAGUGCACACCAAAGARAAGUCUGAGAAUCAGUUAAAUAAGAUUAAGAAAUCACCAGGACUUGCAUACAURGUCGAUUUGAUUCACUUUACUGUGACWGCAGUCGCGAACAUACAAUUCUUGGAAACUUACUUCAAGCAAAUAUUUCAGUUGGUAGAAAUGCAUGAGAUUUUUGAUGAUUCAAUUUGUCAGAAGUUGACUGAAAUCAAGUCGUAUUUAAAUCCACUUGAAAACGUUACUUUGAACUAUGAUAAUAUUUCCCAUUUUGUUGAAAUUAUUAAUAAGCAAAUUGAUAACGUGACAGCGUUUCCGGGUCAGCUGAUAACAAGCUUGAGAGUGAUACAUUACUUGGGGAUAUCCCCCUAUUCGGGGACUUCACCUAUACUUGCUGAGAAUCCCUUGAGUAACUAUGUCGAGCUUAAGUACAAACACGUGAUUCUUCAAUUGUUUUCACUCGACGGUACUUCGAUUCUGACUAAGUUAUUGCAGAAAAUCUGUGAUCACUACCAACAGCCAAGCAUGCAUACUUCAGUUUAUGUGUCUCUUCAAGGUUUCCUCAUCGUCAAUGUGAUCACUCCUUGUGUUGACCUCCUUAAACAAAUGCUGACCUACGUGAUACAAUGCCGUAACACUAACUUUAAAGACUUGACUGCAGUUCCAAUUCUCUUACAGACUUACAGUUUGCUGUAUUCAUUUCCUACAACCUCCGGUGCCUACAACCAGGCUCAAGAGAUCUGUAAAGUCAUCAUCGACACUCUUCUGGUCUACACUCAACCAAUUUCGGAUCAAAUCCACGAAAAAGAUUCGUUAAAUAAAACUCUAUGGACUCUGAUGUGUGGGGAAGUGAUCAAAUAUGUCACUUCAGCUCCUUACACAUUUAUUCCCGGACUGUUGAUAUUAUCCGAGUUGUUACCACUGCCGUUACCGAUCCAAACCAGAGACAAGCUAUCGCCAGAAGAGGUCACGUGGGCUGUGAAUUUGAGGAAAUUGUGGUCGGCACAUCUACACCCUCACAGUGGGAUCAUCCAAGAACUUAUAAACAAGUUGUGCACGACUUCGCAUCAACAGUUAUUGAAUUUAUUGAGAAGGGUUUGUGUUCAGUUGGCCGAUUUGGCGGCAAAUUCCGCCGUUAUGAUUGCUCGAGGAAUUCUAGAUUCGGUCUAUAAGGCGCUGGUGCCGAGUGAGGACAGUAAAGUAGGAAUCUGUAAUAGUUAUGUGACCCGAUUGUUGAACUUCUUGGCAUGUUUGGUCACUCAUAGUACUCUCAAAUGUGCGGUUCUCCACUUGAUCCACAGCUCGAAUAAGAGUGACGAAAAAUAUCCCGGUUUGGUCCAUAUUUUUGGCCAAGUCUUGCGAAUUAGUAAUAGUAGCACCAGUCAUAUACAGGCGCAAGAGUGUAUUUUAAGUAUUAUUCAAGUGUUUUGCGACAUUGAGAUUACUCUUCUUCAGAAUACAAUUGAAAAAGACUUGACCUCGGAAAUGUACCUCGCGAAUGCUCUGCCGGUCAAGGAGCAUCUUUUGAGCUUCAUUUCAAUGAUUUUGGAUUAUUUGAAAGUUGAUAGUUCAUUUGUUACGUAUUUACAAGCCGUGAGGACGUUGCUGCUGUUGACAGAGCACGACUACGGUUUUUACCACAUGAGGGAACAAAUGAAUAAGAAAAACGAUCUCUUUGGCGUCGUCUUGAAUAAGUUGGCGAAGAAUUUUUCGAAAAAUAACGCCGAAUGUUUAUCGACAAUGAAUACUUUAGUCGAGUUGAUUCGAGUUUGUUCGACGACAGAGGAAGUGGAAGCGACGUUAUUUUACACACCGAGGAAAAUGAAGAUGAGUUUAGGAGAAAUAAAGGGUCUUGUGGGGUGGAAAAGUGAGGAGGUGGAGGAAAAGCAUCCUUUAUUCACUUUGGAGGAGAUUCUCAAGGUAAUACAUGAGUUUAAACUCAAAGAUGAGGACAUCACCUUCGAGAGUAUGCUGGAGGGAGUGAGUGGUGUGGUUAAGUUCCUCCAAUCGGAUUCUCCUGACAGUAAAGAGACAUUAACCGAACCGAUCUUGCCCGAACCGGAAACCCUCCUCAUCCAGUUUUCCGGUCGACUCAUUUUCAGCAAUUCYGAUGUUUGUGACGAAAGACUGACAAUAAGAUACUGGUUGUCGAUGGCGAAUGACGAAUCCGAAAACGAGAAUGUGUCAUGUGACCUAGCCGAAAUCGCCCGUCAGUAUUUGCCACAAGAUUUCAAUAUCGCAAAGGAAAUCGAAAAAUUGUGUCGAAUCUGUCCUUCGGAUAAUAGCAACGAAAAGGAGAAUCAUGAUAAUGACCAGAAGACGAAAACGAAGAAACCUUUCAUUACUCCAGUUAGGUCGCGAGGUUUUCCAAGGACCAUCCAGCAAAGGUCGGAUUUGUUCCGUUCAAGGCCGCCGAAUACGUCGAGGCCACCSUCGUUGCAUGUGGAUGAUUUUGUGGCUUUAGAGACUUGUGGGGCGCAGCCGACGGGACCGACAGGAUAUAAUAAGUUCAGUAGGGAGCUUUUGGCAUCAACUAGYAUUGCGCGGGGGAGUAGAGGGAGGGCUUUUGUUACGUCGGAGCGAUCAGUACAUUGCAGACAAAUGUCGUGGUGGGGUAUGAGCCUCUCUCGGAGUCCUUAUCAAUAAUUAAGUGUAUCGUUUUAUGUGUUUGAAUGUUCCAAUAAAUUUGAUUUCUGUGAUUAUUCAAUUUUUUACUUGGAAACAUCCUCCAGUUUUAUAAAAAUAAAAAUGUAUUAUUA